UAUUUAUCUUUCUUGGUGGUGGUCUAUAAAUUCCGUACGUCAUUUCCGGCAUGGAGUAUCUGUGACUUCCUGAGCUAGUGUGUUCUUUGCGUUCGGGGAUCGGGUCUCUCUUUGGUGAAGUGAGAGACGUGGUACUGCUUUAUAUAUCGUUGUAAUCACACCGAUUUAAGUUUGUAAAUAUGGUUCAAAAGAAGCCCAAGAAGAAGGUUGGAAAGAAAGUUGCGGCUGCACCUCUGGCAGUUAAAAAACCAGAACCAAAGAAGGUGGUCAAUCCACUUUUUGAAAAGCGACCAAGAAAUUUUGGUAUUGGUCAGGACAUCCAACCUCCAAGAGAUCUCAGCAGAUUUGUGAGAUGGCCCAAGUACAUUCGUAUUCAACGUCAGAAGGCAGUACUGCAGAAGAGACUGAAGGUCCCUCCCCCAAUAAACCAGUUUACUCAAACACUUGACAAACAAACCGCUACCAAUCUCUUUAAGAUUUUGGAGAAAUACAGACCAGAAAAGCCUGCUGAGAAGAAAGCCAGAUUGAGGGCUCGUGCUGAAGGGAAGGUUGCUAAGAAGGAAGAUACACCAACUAAACGCCCUAAUGUUAUUCGUCAAGGAACAAACACUGUGACAAAGUUGGUGGAACAAAAGAAAGCUCAGCUUGUGGUUAUAGCACAUGAUGUAGACCCAAUUGAGGUAUUAUUUAUUGCAGUUCUUAUGAGUUUAUUUAAGAAUUGUCUUCAUUUAUUUUUACAGUUGGUGUUGUUCCUUCCAUCCCUGUGUCGUAAAAUGGGUGUUCCGUACUGUAUUGUAAAAGGCAAAGCUCGUCUUGGAAGGCUGGUGCACAGGAAAACAUGCACAUGCAUUGCUUUAACUCAGGUUGAUUCGGGUGAGAGGACACCAUUUGCCAAGGUGGUUGAAGCUAUUAAAACUAACUUCAAUGACAGAUUUGAAGAAAUCAAGAGACAUUGGGGAGGUGGUCUCCUUGGAUCCAAGUCUUCUGCAAGGAUUGCCAAGAUAGAAAAAGCAAAGGCUAGGGAACUUGCCCAGAAACAGGGCUAAAAUGUAUUUUUGUGGAAAUAAAAGUUGUAUUGGAAGAAAA